AUGACAUCCUUGGGUGAAGAUUUGGGGCCUUUGUUGCUCGCUCGACUGCCCACUGUGACAAGCCCUCUAGGAAUAGUCUCCGUCCUUGUCAUUCUGUCUAUCGCUCUCUUUAUCACCGAGAAGCUCAUCAGCGUGCCUUAUCCCACGGAUAUCCCACUCAUCAGAGAACCCAAGGGCGCCCGACGCUUCAGUCUUCGUACACGAUGGGCUUAUCUCACCGAUUGCAAAGCGCUCUUCCACGACGCCUACCAUGACUACCUCAAGAAGGGCAAACCAGUCGUCAUUCCUGGCUUCGGGUCCAGGAUCGAGGUCAUGCUGCCCCAGAGCCAGAUGAAAUGGGUCCUCAACCAGCCCGACGACGUACUCGACAUGCCAGAAGCCCUGGCGGAAGUUGAUCAGGUCAAAUGGGCGCUUGGCCACGAUAAGUACGUCGUUGAUGCCUGGCAGGGCCUCAUUGUCAAGUAUGACAUGAACCGCGCCAUUGAGAUCAUCGCGAACAAUAUGAAGGAUGAGCUCCAUGAGGUCUUUGAUGAGCAGUUCGGUACCGACACCGAGAAUUGGACGAGGGUUGAUCUUACCCAGACGGUCAAGAUGAUCGUUGCGCAGGCUGCAAGCCGCUUUACAGUUAGCCUACCGCUUUGCCGGAACAAAGAGUAUCUUCAAAACGCCCUGGAUACUAACGAACUCUUCAUCAUGAACGCCGGUCUUACUGGUGGCAUGCCACGCAUUCUGCAACCCAUCACUGGCACCAUCUUCGGAUUUUUAGUCGGCUCCAAAGUCUCAAAGAUCAACAAGUGGAUCAUUCCUCUCUUGAAGCAGCGUUUGGACACACUGAAGAACCACCCCGAGGAGCCCGAGCCGCAAGAUCAAGUGCAGAUGAUGCUCCGUUAUGCUCUUAGCAAGCGCCAGGAUGAAGUUGGCGACUACGAAACCCUCGCCCGUCGCGUUGUCGCCCAGAACUUUGGCUCUAUCCACAACACCUAUCUCCAGGUCAUCAACCUACUUCUCAAUGUCCUAGGCUCUGACGCAGAGUUCAACACCAUUGCUGUCCUGCGCGACGAGAUGGAUCGCGUUCUCGGCACUGACGAUUCUGCCAAUUGGACAAAGAGUGCUGUCCAAGCGAUGAGCCGUGCUGAUAGUGUCGCGCGAGAGUCUCUCCGUCUGGGCUCUUUUGGAGGCCGUGCCAUCUUCCGCAAAGUCAUGACCGAUGACUUCAAGACCGAAGACGGCCACCGCGUCCCCAAGGGUACGGUCAUGUCUUUCAUCGGCCAACCCGCAUCUACCGACAGCGCGACAUACGAGGACGCCAACAAGUUCGAUCCGUUCCGCUUUUCUCGCGCCCGCGAAUUGGCAGCAAGUCGCGAUGAGAAGACGCCUCUUGUUACAUUUGUCACAACCUCGCCUGAGUUUCUACCGUUCGGCCAUGGAAAACAUGCGUGUCCUGGAAGGUUCCUUGUUGACUUUGAGAUGAAGAUGAUUCUGGCUUAUGCUUUGAGGAAUUACGAUAUCAAGCUUGCUGAUGAGUAUGGAGGCAAGAGGCCGCCGAACACGUGGCUGGCUGAGGCUAAUAACCCGCCGAGUGGUGUUCAGAUUAUGGUUAAGAGGAGGGAGAGGAAGUAG